AUGCGAUCUCAAGUUAUGUUACAAACAUGUCAACCCUCCAACGGCAUCUACUCUCAACCAGCGACCCAAAAUAAAAAGUUAUGGGCUGCAUUGGUCCGCCUUACAAAAGCUGAGAAUAAUGCAACAACUUCGCUCCAAAGCACUACACAUGAGCCAACACCAAAUUAUGCCGAAUGGAACAGGCCUCCAAAAACAAGGGCCGAUUCCACUAUUAAGCAGCUUUUGUUAAAAACAGCCACCAUAGCUAAAACACCCCGCAGCACGUAG